AUGCAUUUGAUUACUCUCGCCGCUCUCCUAUCCGGGGUCGCUGCCUCUGUCAUUCCUACAGCAGCCAAUCCGUUCUCGAUCGUUGUUCCUCUGGAGCGACGUCAAGUCGUGGCCCCGACUGAGACUUGCGGGAGCUAUACCACGGUCACCGUAACCCCGGCGGUAGUAAGCGUGACAAGUUCGGAACUUGUCACUACAACAGCGGAGACCAUCACGACUACAGAAGUUUCCAUCACUGAAUCAGCACAGGAGACAACCGAGGUGGUAACGGUGACUGAGUUCGAAACAUCCUUCACCACAGAGACGACCACGGCUGCGACGACCACUUAUUCUGUUCCGACCUCGCACAACUACUCUUCAUCUGCCCAUCCGGUUUCAGUAAUCUCGUCGUCUGCAUCGGCUACAUCAUCUUCUGCAUCGAUUUCCUCAUCCUCUGGAUUGGCUUCCUUGUCCUCCGCUUCAGUCACUUCGUCAUCCUCUACGUCAUCAGCAGUCGUCUGCACAAUAACCGUUACAGCAGACGCCUUGUUCACAACCACCACCGAGACUAUCACUGGAAGCGCUACUGCCACCGCUACUGAGAUAGUUACGUCCUUGAUCAUUGAAACUACCACCACAACCGUCAGCACGACUGAUGUAAUCACCACUAUCGUCCCUACUACCGUGCCGGUCACUGCCACGACUGUCGUGACUAGUACCGUAGCCCCUGCUACCCCCACGGUCAUCUUAAAGGCGGUUGGCGGUAGCGUUGACGGAAAGUACUUGACCCUAUUAACUGCAAGUUCUGCUUUCGAAUUCAUCGCUUUUACUUCCGACGUGACGUCUGCAAAGUCUUUCUAUAUUGCCGACAACGGUGCUUUAGCCCCAACUUCAUACACAGACAGGCUAGGAUAUUAUUCCAACGGCGUCGGAUCCGCUAGCUAUGUCCUUGUCACUACUGCAUCCUACGCGACGUCUCAAGGUGGUGUAGCCUUAUCAUGUCAGCUAAACGGUUCGGCCACCGCUGGAAGCACAGGGUCGCUCACAUGCCCGAAUGGCGGUAGCGCUCUUGCCACUUUCUCGAUCGUUCAGGGCAGGUUGAAUGUGCAAAACUCGCAGGGGACCAAUGAAGUCAUCACAUUGGAAUAUACUGUGCUGUCAUAG